AAAUGUCAGACAUUGAAUGGUUCAUUCGUCAGUCGUCGACUUGGAGUCAUUGCAUGUACCAAUAUCCAUUAUUGUCUCUUCUUCAGCGGACACCGAAAAUUAAAAUCACUCAUUUUUUAUUUACAACAUCAACGAAAUAAAAAAUGAAGUUAUUCGUGGUGGUAGUUUCGGUAGCGGUGGUCAUCAUGUUCGUGUUCGGCACGGACACUGCAGCAGCCCCAACAGAUUAUGAAGAUACGAAUGAUAUGAUCUCACUUUCCGCGCCAGUCGGCGGCAAUAGCCCGUACGUAUAUGUUUCUAGUGCAGAUUUUGGAAGUUCCUCUAAGUCAAGCACCAAGAACCCAAUACUCGAACUCAUCAAAUCCGUGAUUAAACUCUUGACGAAAAUGUUCUCUUAUUCCGAUACUAGCAUACCGAUAGGACCGGGAGUACGACAACAUCGAGGCAUGCUCGCCUAAUAUCGUACGUUCGAAUUUUCACCAUUCGUCUUAUAAUUGAGUUGUGUUUUCUUAGACAGCCUGUUGAUUUUACCGCAACAAUAUAUCAUAAUAUAAUCACGACGGGUGAAACUGUGCAAUAUAACAAUGAAAUACGUAAGGUAAAAAUAUGAUAUUCUUUAUAUUAUAUUUAUUUACUAUUUUUAUUUUUAUUUACACAACUCAGAACCGAAUUAAAGUAGAUAUAUCAUAAUGUAGUUAUAAACUAUCUGUUAUAUUAUAUUCUUAUUUUAACGGCCAGAGUUAUUACAUGAAAUCUCAGUGUAUUAUAUACCGUUAGGCAUUAGAUUAGAAACAACAAGAAUAUACCUAUAAUAUUUGAUAUUUGGUUAUAUAUUAUGUAAUUGCGACUACAUAGUUUGUGUCGAUUAUUUAUUUGAAUAUCAUUUUAUGUAGUCGUAUAUUUUUUAACUUUAAUAUUUGUUGAUUUUCUCCAUAAUAAAUAUACUAAAUUAUAGUUUGAAAAUAUUUUUA